GAAGUAGAACGAGCUGAUGCUCAUCUCAUAACUGAGCUUCUGGCAAAUAGACAAGCUCUUUAUCAAAACUUUGAUUCAAUCCUUUCGAGGAUAUUGAUAUCAUUGGAUACAGGUGUUGUUGCCUUUAGGACAAAAGCUUUGAGAGCCUUAGGACAAGUAGUUGUAUGUGAUCCAAGUAUUCUAAGCCAAGUGAAUGUUCGCCAAACAAUUGCCCAAAGAUUUUCCGACAAUUCGCCGGCUGUUCGAGAUGCAGCCAUUGAACUUGUUGGACGUUAUCUCGCACAAAAGCCAGAAAUCACAGAACAAUAUUAUAAAGUUAUAAGUGAUCGCGUGUUGGAUACUGGUCUUAAUGUACGAAAACGUGUAAUAAAAUUACUUAGAGAUAUUUACCUCAAAAGUUCCGAUCAGGAGAUGAAGAUUGAUAUCGGCUGCAAAAUUCUUAUUCGUAUUAAUGAUGAUGAUGAUCAUGUCAAAGAUUUAGCUCUCAAAACUAUUCAAGAACUAUGGUUUUCUCCAUUUAAACAUCAAAAGAAU